AGCACCCUUUCACCCUCCUCUCUUUCUAAAACAGAAUUAUAGCAUCCGUAGUUUCUGUUUACAGAAUGGCUGCACCAGAAACAAUAGCCGAUGCUAACGAACCAGACCAGUUGCAACCUCUCAUGUGCAAGGUUCUAAUCCUCUUAAGCCUCUGUUUAUCAGAGCUGUGUUUUGAAAGUCUCCAUUCAUUGUCAAGGCUGCACAAGGAAAGUUAAAAAAGUUCUUCAGAGUAUAGAUGGUGUUUAUGACACACAAAUUGAUUUGAGGCAACAAAAGGUAGUAGUAAUGGGGAACAUUGACAGCGCUACUCUGAUUAAGAAAUUGUCAAAGACAGGGAUACGAGCAGAGUUGUGGCCUGAACAAGCUGAUUUGAAGAAGAAAAAGAAAAAGAAGAAGAAAAAGAAGAAGAAGAAAGGAAAAUCAGAGAACACAGAGAAACAGAGCGACCGAGAAAGCAGUGAAGAAAGCAACCAUAGCGAUGACGACGAAAAAGAAGCUACUAAAGUUGUAAUUCAAGACACAGCCAAAAAUGCCGAAGGUGCGGUUAACGUUAACAAAGUUAGUGAAGGAUUUCCGACCGGUAAAGGCAGUGUACAAUUCCAAGAACCAAAGCCAGAAGUGAGACAAAUCGUGACGUUACCGUCCGGUAACCCGGCAACGGUGAUUGAGAAAAAGGUUUGCAUCGCCGUCCAAGACAAUGAUGAUAAUGGAGGAGCGAACGAGAACAUCAACGGUGGCAAAAAGAAGAAAAGUAAGGGGCAAAAAGGGAAUAACAAUAACGAGGGUGUUACGAUUGAACUCUCCGGUGAUUGUAACCAAAUGCACGGUCAUAACCAUGGUCCGGGUCCUGGAUCAGUUCCAAUUUUGGUCCCAUCCAAUGAGAGUCCUCCACGUCAUCAGUACCCACCAUAUUACAAUGCACCAGCACCUCCGGUGUAUACUGGGAGUUAUCACACACCAACAGCAUAUCCCACUACUACCAGCCGCUACGGUGCAUCGUAUUAUACCUCCCAACGACCGUAUUCGUACGCUCACGUGCAUCAAGGUGGUGGGUCCGACUCGGAACCUUAUACAUCACAACCGUUAAAUUCGUUUGAAUUGUUCAGCGAUGAAAACCCGAAUGCCUGUUCAGUCAUGUGAAAGAUACCGGCUGAAUUUAACCGCCGUAACUAGCUUUUGUAAUUGGAUGGUUAGUUGGUAUGAGCUCAAUAUUGUUACAAUAGCUUAGUGUUAAUCUCUGGUGCUUUAUUGUAUGUAAAAUAAAAAACAUGCAUCAGGUGUA